GUGCGGCUGACUUGGCGGCGCGCAGAGCUGUCAGUGGAGCAGCCCAGUGGUGUCGCCAGGCGGGGAGAGCCCUCAGUCAGUCCGUCAGUCCGGUGUCUCCAGCGAGGACCCGCCGCUCCGCGUCUCCACGGGCUGAGAGAACCAAGACACGGGCGAAGGCGACGCCGAAGAAGCUCUGACUUUUAGUUCCAAGCGCGGGGGGGGACAUGGCCGACGGCAGCUCGAACGAGUCGUCCACCGCGGACGUGGCGAACAGGUUCGCUCGCAAAGGCGCCCUGAGGCAGAAGAACGUCCACGAGGUGAAGAACCACAAGUUCACCGCCCGGUUCUUCAAGCAGCCGACUUUCUGCAGCCACUGCACCGACUUCAUCUGGGGGUUCGGAAAACAAGGAUUCCAGUGCCAAGUUUGCUGUUUUGUGGUCCACAAGAGGUGCCAUGAACUUGUCACCUUCUGCUGUCCAGGGGCAGAUAAGGGGCCCGACACAGACGAUCCCAGAACAAAACACAAGUUCAAGAUCCACACCUAUGGGAGCCCCACCUUCUGCGACCACUGUGGCUCUCUGCUCUAUGGCCUCAUCCACCAGGGCAUGAAAUGUGACUCCUGCGAUAUGAAUGUCCAUAAUCAGUGUGUCAUGAAUGUGCCAAGCAUGUGCGGAACUGAUCACACCGAAAGGAGGGGACGUCUUUACCUCAAGUGCGAGGUCAGCGUGGAUAAGCUGCAGGUCACAGUGAGUGAAGGCAUUAACCUGAUCCCCAUGGACCCCAACGGCCUGUCUGAUCCGUAUGUCAAACUGAAGCUCAUACCAGACCCCAAAAAUGAGACCAAGCAGAAGACCAAAACCAUCCGCUCCAACCUCAACCCCAAAUGGAACGAGACCUUUACUUUCAAGCUGAGACCCACAGAUAAGGACCGCAGGCUGUCGGUGGAGGUGUGGGACUGGGACCGGACCACCCGGAAUGACUUCAUGGGAGCCCUUUCCUUCGGAGUGUCAGAGCUCAUGAAGUCUCCAGUCUGUGGCUGGUAUAAGUUAUUGUGCCAGGAGGAAGGGGAAUACUACAACGUUCCCAUCUCAGAAGAGGAUGAUGGUAACGAGGAACUGAGGCAGAAAUUUGAGGACCAAGCAGUUGUGGAAGACUCUGAUCAGAAAGCCAAGCUAGGCCCAGGUAAGAAGGCGUUCGACGAGACGGAGGGCAGACACUUCAGCCAGCUGCCGUCCAACAGCCUGGACCAAGUCAAACUCUGCGACUUCUCCUUCUUGUCUGUGCUUGGGAAAGGCAGCUUCGGCAAGGUCAUGCUGGCAGAGAUGAAGGCCACUGAAGAGCUAUACGCCAUCAAGAUCCUGAAGAAGGACGUGGUGAUCCAGGACGAUGACGUGGAAUGUACCAUGGUGGAGAAGAGAGUCCUCGCCCAGCAGGACAAGCCGCCCUUCCUCACGCAUCUCCACUCGUGCUUCCAGACAGUGGAUCGUCUCUACUUUGUCAUGGAGUAUGUGAAUGGGGGCGACCUCAUGUACCAUAUCCAACAAGUGGGCAAGUUCAAGGAACCUCAGGCAGUGUUCUAUGCAGCAGAGAUCGCUGUUGGUCUCUUUUUCCUGCACAGUAAAGGAGUCAUCUACAGGGAUCUGAAGUUGGACAAUGUGAUGCUGGACUCUGAGGGACAUAUUAAGAUUGCCGACUUCGGCAUGUGCAAAGAGAACAUGUUAGAGGGAGUGACUACGCGCACCUUCUGCGGCACUCCAGACUACAUAGCCCCCGAGAUCAUUGCAUAUCAGCCAUAUGGACGCUCCGUCGACUGGUGGGCAUACGGAGUGCUGCUCUUCGAGAUGCUCGCAGGACAGCCUCCAUUUGAUGGAGAGGAUGAAGAUGAGCUGUUUCAGUCCAUAAUGGAGCACAAUGUGUCCUACGCCAAGUCCCUGUCCAAAGAAGCUGUCUCCAUCUGCAAAGGGCUGAUGACCAAGCACCCGUCCAAGCGUCUGGGCUGCAACGCUGAGGGAGAGAGGGACAUCAGAGAACAUGCCUUCUUCAGACGUAUCGACUGGGAACGCCUCCAGAACAGGGAGGUGCAGCCGCCCUUCAAGCCCAAAGUGUGUGGCAAAGGAGCGGAGAACUUUGACAAGUUCUUCACGCGCACGCAGCCGCAGCUCACACCAUCAGAUGAGCUGGUUAUCGCCAACAUCGACCAGGCUGAGUUUUCAGGGUUCUCUUUCAUCAACCCGCAGUUUGUAAACCCGGCGCUCACUAGCAGCAUAUAAGCGGGCUGGGGGAACGUCCCUGAAGAACCUCACUGCCACCCACUUAAACCAUCCGCCGAUCUAACAUCCAACCACUUGACAAAGCCCAAACAGAAAUUAAGGACAUGCAUAUUUGUUCUGUAUAAAAUCUUUACCAGUGUAGAUUAUAUAGAUUAGAUCGUUUUUGGGCGCCACAACAAAUAAUUCCCUUUAGUUUAAUGAUGAGCAUGUACUGUAGAAAAGAAAAGGUCCUUCCUUAACCCUGCAAGUUAUAUUGAAGGUCCCCCAUACCUGGAGGCACUGAGACAGAAGAAUGUCCGUCUUUUUCUAUGCCAGUAUAUGGUUAAUUUAAGAUGAAAUAGCAUGUAAGGCAUGGAUUAUUCUGGAAGAGAUGCCUGUUCACAAAUUCCUGCUUCCAAAUCUUAAUAGAUAAACAUUAUAGUCUGCAGAUGUAGUUGGUGGGUAAAUGUUUGUGUCAAUGUGGAUACUUUAUGUGAUGACUGAAAAAACUCACAUAUAAUGAAGUGUAGACGCUAUAGCCAAAUAUGAAGGACAGGCAGUACAGGAGUUGAAACAGCACCUUGCGAUUCAAUGUUUCCUGUAUCAUGUUUACAGUUUUCUUCCCCUUUGAUUUUAACGGUGAUGGGGUAAAGAUUUUUUACUCAAAUACACAUUGAUUCGAGCCAGGCUCCACUUCAAGUGUGCGCAGCAAAUGCACUGAAGAAUUUUAUUAUUAAUAUGCAGCCUGUAAAAACACAAAUAUGUGAGACACAUCAGUUUACCAAAACUUCACUUAACUCAGCUUGUAUGACCUUAUUUCACCUGGUUUUAAAAAGAAUGAGACACAAUCCAAUUUCCCAGCCCUCAUUGAGCUGCAGAUUGUUUACUUACAUUGGCAAUCAUUUGGUGGACACCAUGUGGACACACAAGCAUCAGUAAUCAGUUAAGUAUGUGGGCGGUGGCAGAAUAUAGCUUGAUCAAUAAAACCUAAAAAAAGUUUACAGUUUGUCACAUUUUAACACUGGUCAGUGUUAACUGCUGCCUCUGUCCCACUCCGACACAGGCCCACAACUACAGAAUCCUCCCUAUGAUCAUGUCUGUCGUAACAGAAACUGUGCAAGACAUUUUAAUCAACUGUUAUUGUUUAGUUUUAGUUUAUUACAUUAACUGAUAUUAUCGUGUAUUAACCAUGCAAUGUUUUCUUGCAUACAGUAUCAUGCCCUCAAGCGUAGAUAAAACACAUCUGUCAGGUUUAUUGCACACAGAAGUCGCAAAUCAAAAACACUUCUGAUGUUGUUUUGUUGUCCAUAAAACAAACUCUUGCUUCAAAACCAAUAUAUCAGCAUAAUCAUUUUUAGUUGAAUAUGAAACUUUUUUUCCAUUCAUUUUCGUUUCUUUAAUCCUUUAGUCUUGUGUCAAUUCAUCUCUCUCUUCACUCUCCUCUUUUCUGUGAACUCAUACAUAUUUUUCCAUUAGAUCAGAUGAAUAUUUUAAUGUAUCUAAUAUCAAUGUGUAACUCCUUUUGUAAAUAAUCAUGAGUUAUUUAAAAAGAGUAUAAGGAGUUACAGUUUUUAUACCAACACCUGAAUGUGCUUUUAUUACAUUAAUUAGAUAACCCAAUAUUUAUGUGUAAAAAAAAUAAUCAAAAAAUAAACAACUAGGAACGUACACCCAGUACAGAUCAACUUUUGAACAACUGGAUGGUCUUGAAUAAAGUCCAGAGUUAGUAGGUUGUAAAAUGAUCUUUUCUACUUGUGUUGGCAGAUUUAUCAAACCUUUUUGUUUCCUUUUGGUUUUGUUAAAUCCUAUUCGAUGAUUUUUGCUGCCGAUUGUGUGUAAGUCUGGCUGUUGACUGUUGACUUCUGUAUCUGCAUGCUGUUGGUAGGUAUCAUUCAUGCACGUGAUACGCUAAAAUGCCGCAUGCUACAAAGUAUGAAACCCCAAAGAGUUACAAGCUAUAAAAAAAAUAACGCCCCCCCUCAAAGUCACCUGUUGUUGUUGUCUUGUCCUCCUUGAAGAAUAAUGGUAUUAAUUUGCUUAAAUCCAUGAUGAUUACAAUGGAUUACAAGAGCGACAUCUUUUGUGGGGAAAAAGAGUCUAACUGAUUCCAGGAGUAGAAGAACUACUCCUAAUUCGCCACGUAUCAAUGUGUGUUCAGUUUAUUUCAAACCUUUUUCUAAAAUACACCCCACACACAGCUCAUUACAAACCACAUUGUUUGUGAAUCUGGUCAAGUCUACGGGAAUUUAAAGUGAGCCAUUUGACAUCCCAGUCAAUGACCAUAAGAACGCUGCUUUCAGAUAUGGAUACAGCCCCUGCAGAAAAUUUCUGGAACAUUUCCGGACUUCAGAGCGUGUCUGAACGCAGCUGAAGACUCAACAGUCUUAAAACACUGAAGCGUCAUAACGCUCAGGCAGUUUGCUGAGCUAUGUGUCAAAGUGAAGACUGAGCAACAACAGUGAUUUUGCUAAAAAGAAAUGUCCAGAUUGCAGGGACUGAAGGAAGUAGAAUAGACAUUUAUUACAGAUUAUGAAUUUAGAUACUAAUACCCCCCCCCCCGUGCCCUUUUAUGUUGAAGAUAUAUUUAUGUACACACACACACACACACACACACACACACAACCACCCAUUAUGCCCCCUGGUUCCUUUUGCCUUUACCUAUGGGGCAAUGUAGAGCAGUGAAUCUAGAUCGAUGCCGAGUGGCGCCUCAGAAGCGUAGCUUGUUGUUAGGCCAGUGGGACCAGUCGCUCUCCAGUGUCUCAUGAAUGGGGUUUAUGUUAUAUUCUUGAUGUUGUGUUGUCAAUUUGUUACUAUGUCUUAUUUUGGCAUUUCUUUUUUUGGCUGUUGUCAGUUGCUAUUGGUGUUUUGUCCUUUUAGUUUCUUUAGCUUCUGCUCAUGUAAUUCAGGAAUGUUUUUAAACUAUAUAUAUAUAUAUAUAACAUUAGAAAAAGCAUUAUCUGACUGAUAUAGGUAGGAACUAUUGAGACAUUUGUGAUAUUUUCUCCAUGUUUUUUCUAAGAGUCAUGCCCCCUCGCCGUGUUUCCUGUCAUACAUUAACCUUUUGCAUGUGCCAAACCUGGAAAAAUGCCAGAACCCGGUAGCAGCGUUGCACUGGCUGUAGUCGCGUGGAUGACUCUUAGUGACAGCUCCUCCCUCCACAGGCUGAGAGCUGCCCAAAGCCACACUCACUGGACACUCUGUCAGCCACAUAGCGUAUACUGUACUAGCAUGAUGCCGUGUCAGAACACUUUACAAUGCCAGUCAUUUUGAUAAUCAACUCACCAAACACAGGGAAUAUAUUGUCCUGCCUCUCUAGCCUUGUGCAUAAUUAUGUCUGAAAAUCAUUUGAACUUGUGGAGCAUAUGAUUUAACUUCCACCGUGAGAGAAAAUAUUCUUUGUAAAUACUCAGACUUCAGUCAGCAACAGUCUUGUCUUUUGUCUGAGCCCACCUCUUGUGUUUGAUGACUUAGGAGUCUGAUUCCAUCCCUUUAAUAUCAUCUAGCUUCCCCUUUCACGUCACAGUUGGUUUUGGGCAUGUCAGAAAAAGAUGAAUACUCUCCCAGUGUGUGCCUUUCCUAAAUUCAUCUUCGUCUCAAUCCUCAUCCUCCUCAAAUCUCUACUCCACUUUAACUCCGUAUGUGUGUGAGUGUUUCAGGUUGCCACACGAUCCUUACGAAUGUAAAUUGAAGAAAAAAAAUCUCAUCUGCAUGUUUCGUCCACAUGAAUUGUCCGUCCUCUGGUCAGGAAACUCUGAAUUUUAUGCACAUUUUAUUUGAUUGACACAAGUAACCUAUUCAGUCUGAAAAACUACGACUUGACUCAUCCUUUUCUGCUUUACCUUUACCUCCCUGUGCCUAUUAAUGUCGGGUGAAUUAAUAAAUGUAUAUCGGCAGGUUCCAAGAAUGACAUUCGGGGAGUGAAGGAACAAUAAGCGCGUUGUCUUUUGGGGCUCAGUAAAAUGCGUGAAAGGAGAGAUGACGGUAUCUUGUUUGAAGGACAACCCCGUUGCCUCGUCACAUUGACCCACCGCUCCCUUGUUUCUCGCGUACGCCCUCCUUCGUGCCACCUGUUCCUUCCUUCCUCAGUGCCUCGACCGAGUCCAUCCACCGUCUUAUCGACAGCGCCCUCCUCCUUUCACCCUCCCAAUCCCAUCAGGUCAGGAAGGCAGUUGACUUUUUCUUGAGAAAUCCACUCCACACUGUUGGCAUCAAUUUCCCUUCCCUUCCCUCCUCUACUGAUUCACCAUUAACACCAUGUGAAAGGAAUUUGGUGUUUUACUUCCGUUUGAUCUCUUCACCUUUUUUGUUGUUGUUAGGAUGUCCAGAAAAUCUAGAUUUUAUCAUUAAUUGUAAGGUUUUCAGAGCGAGGUCUGUUAUGUUGUUGUUGUUGUUUUUGUUUUCUUUUUUGUAAUUACUUUUCAUACAAUUCUCCCUUUAGGUACCCAUUUGCUUUCGGUGAAUCUUGUCCAACAUCUUUCUUCUCUGUAGCGAGUCAUUACUCUAAUCUCUCGUGUCCUGUUUGUUGUGAAGUGAGAGAGUUGAAGAGAACUUCCAUCUCUGUGGCCGUACAGAGCACAGGAUACCUUAUACCUAUCUCUUAUCACAGACAUUAACGCGGCCUCUAAGACUCCUCUCUUUGUUCAUUUAUGAUCCCAGAACCCCCCGUCUAUGUACAUAAAUGACUUACAGUAGAUAUUUACAUAGACUGUAAAAGAAAGAAUAUAUUGUAUUUUGCCAAUUGUGUAUGUUUGUUUUCUUUCCUUGUCGGCCUGAAACCUUUCAAAUGAGUCUGAGCUACUUACCUUGUAACUGAUUGUCUCAUUUGUACCUAAGGUAUGAUAAAGCUAAUAAAAAAAAAUGGAAAAUUAGGUCUAAACUUA